CUUCCGAUGAUCUCGGCAUUUGAUUCGUCAGACUUGCUCCAAAGCGCCUGCGCAGAACACGCUCUUCCUUUCUGCGAGUUUUUCGCCAUGGCCCCGGUGAAAAAGGCAAAUGUCAAGGGUGGCAAGAAGAAGAAGCAGGUCCUGAAAUUCACCCUGGACUGCACUCACCCAGUAGAAGAUGGCAUCAUGGACGCUGGGAACUUUGAGCAGUUUCUGCAAGAGCGCAUCAAAGUUAACGGCAAGGCUGGGAACCUCGGUGGCGGUGUGGUGACCAUCGAGAGGAGCAAGAGCAAGAUUGCAGUGACAUCUGAAGUCCCCUUUUCCAAGAGGUACCUGAAAUACCUGACAAAGAAGUACCUGAAGAAGAACAACCUGAGGGACUGGCUGCGUGUCGUAGCCAACACCAAGGAGAGCUACGAGCUGCGCUACUUCCAGAUCAACCAGGACGAGGAAGAGGAGGAAGACGAGGAUUAAACGGAGCCUGCCUCCGUUUUGUACAUUCGAUAAAUACUCAAAGUACCCAUGGAGUCUGACCUUUGGUUUCCCCGACUUCCUGCCGUUCUGGACGUGUUCGGUCACUGAGAUGUCAGCAGCCGGUAUAGCGAAUGUCGGGGCCUGUGCUUUGAUGAUUAAACCAAUUAAUAAUAAAACCAGUGAUGCAGCCA